UUAGUCAUGUUUCCGUGUUUUCCGUGUGCCGUGCUGCCGUGCCGAGGUUCGGACAAUAUUGGUGAUCUCACCUCGUCUUUCCCCCGUCUGUCUGUCUGUCUGGGCUCUGCCUGACUCAGAGAAUCACAAGGCUCUUACACAGUUUUAGCCACCAACAAAUUCCCCAUUUGUGCUGGAGCUUAUGUUAAAAGGGACAGAGCAUGAAGAAACAUCCACCUACAGCAGGCUGUGAGGUCUCAUUUGGUGUGUUGACAAGAUGAAUGAGUUGCAGACGAGUUAUUGAAACCUUCCUAUCCAGCGUUCUUCUGCUGAAGACCAAAGCCCAAAAAGUGCACCAACAACAACAACAAGUUGACUUUGGAAUAGUCUCCAGUCUCCACCAUCAAGGGAUAUUUGAAUCCUCUCUGCAUUAACUAAAGUCGGCCUUGUGUGAAUCCUGCAUAUGCCCCUUUUUCUUGUCAUCGCUUAAACCUCCCAGUUCCUCCUACCUUGUGGAUUUGUUGUUCACUGCCACCAAAUUUUCACUAUGGAUUCUCAAAGACUCACCCCUCUGCUGGAUCCAGGUCUUGGACACAUUCACCACCACUUUGGAUUAGUAGCUUGCAACUGGGGAGUAGUUUGACUUUGCCUUUGUAGCAUCUUUUCUCUCUGUGUCUCUCUUUGGAUCAUUGGCCAAGUUACCCGCAGUUGAUAUGGAUGGGAGGACUGACAGUUGCUUACAAUCCACAGCUUGGAUGAUUAUGUUUUGGACACGCCUUUCUUCCAUGGCAUGAUAAGAGUUAUCAUCUGAACAAUGGGAAAGAGACAUUGUAAGUAUUCUACAUUUUGCUUACUUCUGAAAUCAUGGAGAUAUCUGCCACCUGAUUGUACAACAUAAGUUGCUUUGUUUCGUCAUCUUUGGACAUUAUUGCUGCUUGUUUUUCUUCUUCGUGAAAAGAUAUUUUUACAGACAAAUUGCUGCAUCUCUUUGAGCUCUACCACAGGCCCUAACGUAGGCCGCUUUGGCCUUACAAGGGCCUUGAAGUGGUACAAGGGAGGUGCAUGGUAAAUUUUUAAAUCCCUGUGGACUAAGAGAAAAUCGAAACGGACUGGAAUAGAGAAAGAAGCAGAAGCCCCCCCGUGACAGUUCCUUGUGUUGAACUGGCAUGGCAGCAGAUCACGGCGAGCUGCUGGCUGAGAUGGCCACAGUCGGGCGUCUGAGUGCCACCGAUCGGCUGAAGCAUGCCCAGAAACGUCGGGCUCAGCAGCUGAAGUCAUGGGCGCAGAUGGAGAAGGACUCCGCACGAGGGUCGAGGGCCAAAGCAGAUAAGAAGAAGCCGCGCACCACCAAAAUUAAAUUCCCCGACGCCAUCAAGCUGCUCGAUGCAGCUGCACGCAAUGACCUGGAAGAGGUGAGGGAGCUGCUAAACAGUGGCGUCAGCCCAGAUCUGGUCAACGAGGAUGGACUGACAGCCCUACAUCAGUGCUGCAUCGAUGACUUUGUGGAGAUAGUGCAGUGCCUGCUGGAUGCUGGUGCCUGUGUGAACGCUUGUGACAGUGAGCUGUGGACGCCGCUGCAUGCUGCUGCCACCUGUGGACACACUGGACUGGUGCAGCUCCUCAUUCAGUCUGGGGCUGACCUACUGGCUGUCAAUGCAGAUGGCAACAUGCCCUAUGACCUCUGCGAGGAUGAGGCCACCCUCGAGCUGCUGGAGAUGGUUAUGGCUGAACAGGGGAUAACUCAGGACCGUAUAGAUCAAUGUCGCGGGGCUAAAGAGGCGGCCAUGCUGGCUGAUGUUCAGGCUCUGGUCCAGAGGGAAGCAGACUUAAACGCUCAGGACAAUAAUGGAGCAACACUGCUCCAUAUAGCGGCCGCUAACGGCUACAUGUCUGUGGCGGAACUGUUGGUCGACCACAGGGCUCAGUUGGAGGUGAAGGACGCUGAUGGCUGGACGCCGCUACACGCCGCCUCCUGCUGGGGACAAAUCCAGAUGGUGGAACUGUUGGUUGCCCAUGGAGCCAGUUUAAACACAAAGUCUGUCCUGGAGGAGACACCUCUGGAUGUGUGCAUGGAUGAAGAGGUCAGAGCCAAACUGAUGGACCUGAAGCACAAACACGAUGCCAUCAUGAAGAGCCAGGACCGGCAGAAGGGCACGCUGCAAAGACGAGCCUCGAGUACCGGCAGUAGAGGUAAGCUGGUACGGCGUGUCAGUGUGAACGAGCGCUCCAGUUUGUACCGGCGGGAGCACCACAAAGAAGCCAUGGUGUGGCAAGAGCGCGGUCGACAGCCUGAGACACAGGACGACGACGAGGACAGACAAACGAACAAUGAGCUGGACCAGCAUGCCAAGAUGGUCAGUGGUGGUGGAGCCAGGUCACGUUUAGAGGAGCUGGAGGCUGCCGACAGGAAAAUUAUGCCAAGCCUAGGUAACGGAGAGACCUCUGUUUCUCUGGCCUCCUCUGUACCUGGAGAGCUGUGGAGUGGUGGAAGUAUAAUGGAGCGCAGUGCCUCCUAUCAGCUCAGCCCCGCAUCUGAAGCCGAGUUAGGGUCUGAGUCUGCAGAAGGCGGGGGGGCAGACAAUAUGACUCUGGAGAAGUCGCACCAGACCUUGGCUGACCUGAAACGCCAGCGAGCAGCUGCCAAGCUCAAUAAGUACCCAGCACCCGCACCUCCCCUACCCCCUCCAGUAGAGGAGGAGCCUUCUGUUGCUGCGACAACCACUGAGACACAGCCAGACCUCCAAAUGACCCCCAACACCUCCUCAAGCCAGGUGUACUUCACCCCAGCCAGCGGAGAUCCUCCUCUACUCAAACUCCGAGCCCCCGAGGAGGAACAGUCUAACAACAAGGAGCCGUGCUGUGGACUCAUGUAGACAGCCUGACAAAGACACACACACACACACAUACUGCCUACAGAGUAGAGAAGCUGGGCAUGUUACACUCCAAAGUGGCAAAAACCUUUUAAAACAGACAUUGAAAUCAUUGAAGAAUGUAAAUUAAGGCCACAUGCCAAUGAGGGUUUGAUCUAUACCACAUUUCUAUUUAACCCUUUCCUGAUCAACACGAUACACACUUUACUCUAAAGGUCCUAACAUUCCCUACUGUUCCCUCUGCAGAGGCUGCGCAUCAGGUUUCCAUUUGGUGACUCAGAGGAGAGCUACAGAUUCCAGUGUUGCAAUCACAGGCAAAUAUUUACUUAACUCAGUCUUUGUUCAUUACUUUACUCAUCUCUUCUUACACUGCUCAACUACUGUAGAUUGACAUUUCAUUAAAAAGCCUUAGAAUCAUGUAAAGGUUGAAGUAUCCGUGUGAAGCUGAAUGAAAUUAAACUGAGAGCUCUAGAUGAUUUCUGUAAAAUGAAGAGCGAGGCUGUGUUGCUAUGAUUGAGUGCUAUGAAGGGUACGUGAUCAACGUUUGCAUAGAUUAACAUUAGAGUUUUUUUUGUGGUUGGGAGAUUGCUUGGUCAUGAUCAUUUCAGUAUAGCUAUUCUGAAUUCAUAUUUACACAAAGGUGUAAACAAGGACUGUUUCCUUGCUUGAUUUAUAUAUUUUUUUUUUUCGUGGACUGAAAAUUUUCUUUUGUAAUGUUUCCAGCACACAGACGCUGCCUACAUUUCAAUAUUUGUAAUGUUGCAAUUUGUAAAUUAAGUGUUUGUCUCUCAAAGAAUGUGAGCUAAUCUAUAUUUAUAUCAGCGCAUAGUUUACUCAGCCCAUCUUUAUCACUUCUAGAUUUUCUAUUUUGUCUGUCAGUAUUUCUAUUUUUCUACCCUCUGAAUGAAAUCACAUUAUUUAUUCUUUCUGACACUGAAUAUGGCUUAUGGUACAAUUCUUGUACCAUUUUUCAUUUCUCUUUUUUUUAAAGAUGAAAGUGUGAAGGCAAGAUAUUUAUCAAAGAGAUGAUAUAUAGUUUUAUUGUCAAACCAAGUAAACUUGUCAUAUGAUUAUUUGUCAAAGGUUGGUGCCUUCUUUAGGUGGCAGAUUUGAUUAUAGGUUUGCAAUGCUUGCACAAAGUCCCACAUGUCAGUUUGGUGAGCAGUGGGAUUAAAUGAUCUAUGACUCCAACCUGAUGUGCUGUCCAAUGCACUCUAAUUUCUGUAUUACAUUUCAGUUUUUGUUAGUGAUUUUUACUGAGCCCUGUUAAGAAAAAACAAAACAUAAAAACAAUGUUUUCACAAAU